CUCUAUCAAUCUGCUGCCACUACCAACUCACCGGGCACUCGUUAUCUUAUCCUUAUCACAAUGACCACCCCGCAGACAGCACUGGAUGUUCUCCGCCAGAGGACCAUUGUCGACUGCGAUACAAUGGAUGAGCAAGUUGCCAAAACCUUCGGCCCCUUCCAGGAUUGCACUUCCAACCAGGCAAUCGCAUUCGGAGAGCUCUCUAAGCCAGAGCACAAAGACCUGAUCACCGCCUCCGUCAAAGAAGCAAUUGAGCUAUCACCCAAAUUCCCCGGUCCCACCGUCGAGGAAUUGGCUGUCGAGAUCGCAACAAUCAAACUCGCCCUCAAGAUCGCCCCGCACAUCACAGGCCACAUCCACAUCCAAACCAACCCAUACUACUCCUACUCCACCACCAAGACCUUCACAAAUGCAUGGCGUAUCAUCCACCUCACGCAGCACCUCCACCCCACCUUCCCGCAAUCGCGCCUCUGCCUUAAAAUCCCCAGCACCUGGGAGGGCCUGCGCGCCUGCGCGCUCCUCGAAGCCUCCGGGGUGGGCACCCUGGCCACCACCCUCUUCACGCGGACCCAGGCCGCGCUCGCCGCCGAGGUCAGAUGCACCUACGUCGCGCCCUACGUGAACCAGUUGAAGGUGCACUUUGAACCGGGAUCCACCGACCCCGCAAGGCUCCUCCCCCUCUGCCCCAUAAUCCAAAAGUACUACCACGCCAUCGGCAGCCAGACCAAGGUUCUCCCCGCCAGCUUGACGUCCACGGACGAGAUUCUCAGCCUUGCUGGCGUGCAUCACAUCACUAUCACGCCGGCGCUGUUGCAGCAACUGGCAGCAUUGCCGGCUUCGGCUGCUACUGCAGUCCCUAAUCUCUUCGAUGCCGGCCCGCCCGUCGGCUACGACGCUCCGGUGGCGUUUCAGGAUGAUGAGGAGGGGUAUCAGCUUGCGUUUAGUAGGGAGGGGCGGGGGGAGGGUGAGGGGAGGCUUGGGCAGACUGUGAGUAUCUUCUGUGAGAUGCAGGAUCAGUUGGUGCAGAUGAUGGGGGCGGUUUUGAAGGGGGUGCGUAGUGGGUAGUCUGGUUAUGAGGCUGUGCUGUAGGUUGGUCUUCUAGAGAAGAUCGUAGACCACCUGUAGGGUCUUUCCCUGCGUUAAAACUGAGAGGGGGUUUGAGGAAAGGCAGUUGGUGGAGUACAGCGCCCCGCAGAGGCAGAUAUUAUAUCAGAACAUAGUCUACCCACACCAAACGAAGUUACAGUAC